AAUUGAUUCGCAUAUUUAGAGGAAUAACGCGCACACUCAGAACUUUGACUUACAACCUAAUUGGUUCUCCCUAAAAUUAUGACAACAAUAUUGCAUGACUUACUAAUAAUCGGAUACAAAUUUUCCAACAACCUUAUGGCUUAUAGCUAAUCACUUGACACUAACAACAAACAAUUUCCACCCCAAUUCUCACGUUUCCUUCAAUAAAUACAAUACACAAACUUCACAAAUUUGAAAUUUUCCAUACAUUAGAAUACAAACUAAGCCUUUUGCCAUACAUUCUUUCAUGAACCAUUGACCAUAACACAAUUGAAAUUGCAUCGGCCGCAUUUGACUGUAAUGUGAUAUGAAGAAUCACGAUUCGAAACCUAUUAUUACCGCGGCUGAAUUCAACACAUAGCUAAUUGAAAGUGUGGAGUUGGCAAGUAUCAAAAUCAAAGAAUGGCGAGAGGAUUGAAGGUGCUAUCAGCCCUGGACUCAGCAAAAACACAAUAUUACCAUUUCAAAGCCAUCAUGAUAGCAGGAAUGGGACUUUUCUCAGACUCCUAUGACCUCUUUUCCAUAACUCUCAUCACAAAGAUGCUAGGAAGAAUAUACUACUCAGACAGCAACGAAAUCCGUCAAGUCAACCCUAUCGUUGUCUCGGCCCUUGUCUCCGUUGCACUCCUAGGAACCGCAAUCGGUCAACUCCUAUUCGGCCGUCUCGGAGACCUAAAAGGUCGGCGCCACGUCUACGGUAUCGCCUUAUUAUUGAUGAUAACAAGUUCUUUGGCUUCUGGCUUCUCCAUUUGUACAACAAAGAGAGCUUGUGUUUUUCUCUCACUUGCUUUCUUUAGAUUCUUCUUAGGACUUGGAAUUGGUGGUGAUUAUCCUUUAUCUUCUACCAUUAUGUCUGAGUUUGCUAAUAAAAGGACAAGAGGGUCUUUUAUAGCUGCUGUUUUUUCUAUGCAAGGGUUUGGUAUAUUGGCUAGUGCUACUGUUACUAUGGUGGUUUGCUCCAUAUUUCGCCGUGCUUCGAAGCCGGCUUCGGCUUACGAUGUGCCACCGGAGGCUGAUGUUGCAUGGAGGUUGAUACUAAUGAUUGGUUCUGUUCCGGCUGCCUUGACUUACUAUUGGCGUAUGAUGAUGCCAGAAACUGCCAGGUAUACAGCUUUAGUGGAACAAAAUGUACUGCAAGCUGCAAAGGACAUGGAAAAAGUACUAGAUGUUGCAAUGAGCCAAAUAGCCGAAGAAGAUCCGUUAUCACCAACCAAUAAUGCUGUAUAUCCACUUCUUUCAAGAGAAUUCUUGCGUCGACAUGGUCGCGAUCUUUUCGCAUGUUCUACUAAUUGGUUUCUAUUGGACAUAGUUUUCUACAGUCAAGUUCUAUUUCAAAGUGAAAUAUACAAACAAUAUAUGAAACACAAAGAUAAACAAGAUGUGUAUGAAGAAGCUUUCUAUCUUGCAAGAAUCCAAGCCAUUCUUGCUGUUUGUUCCACAAUUCCUGGCUACUUCUUCACCGUCUACUUCAUCGAUCGUAUAGGACGGGUUAAAAUACAAAUGAUAGGUUUCUUCUUCAUGGCAGUGUCAUUUUUUGCUAUAGGGGUUCCCUAUUACUCUUAUUGGACUAAUGCCAAAAACCAACAUAAUAAAGGGUUCAUGGUUCUAUACGGUCUUGCUUUCUUCUUUGCAAAUUUUGGACCUAACACCACCACGUUUAUUGUUCCAGCCGAGCUCUUUCCGGCUAGGUUUAGGUCAACAUGUCACGGUAUUUCUGGAGCUGUUGGUAAGGUUGGUGCGAUCAUUGGAUCUGUUGGAUUUCUAUGGGCUUCACAUAAAGUAAAGGAGGAAGGAUAUCCUAAGGGAAUUGGAAUGGAAGCAUCCCUUAUCAUACUUGGAGGGGUGUGCAUAAUGGGAAUGUUUGUUACUUACUUUUUCACCAAGGAAACCAUGGGAAGGUCUUUGGAAGAGAAUGAGGUUGAGCAGUCUCAUCAUGCUGAAGAAUAUAACAAUCUUUGAUUUAUUAUGUGUGCUUGUGUAUAUAUAUCAUGUAUCUCAAAUAAUAAUCAAACGAAAAUGUUUUGCCAAGCGGUAAAAAUCUACAGUUGCCAGUUUUGAAUAACUUCAGAAAAAUCUUUUUUGUUUUUGUUUUU